AGGUCCUUCUGAAAGGAGAGAGGAGGCGUGGCCACAAAGGAGAGAUGGGAUUGGAUGACGUUAGCCUGAGGAGAGGAGAGACAUUUUGUAACGUCAAGACUCUGGCACUAUAGUCGACUUUACCUAAUACAGUACAACAUUUUGUAAUGUCAAGGCCAGAGGAACUCUUAGAUCAAAUAUAUUGAUAACUGAUCAAAUAUAUUGAUUUUGUCCACUAGGUAAUUAUUGAUAAUGCAUGAUCAUGAUUUGGCUGUAUCAGCUGACUUUAUUAGUAAAGACAAAGAGGUUGGUCAAAACGCAUUUUGGAUAUCUUUGAUGUAUUAUUCUAUUAACAAAUACAGUCUGGGUCUGAGGUAGGGUACGUUACUACCACAGAGCCCAUUCUGAGGUACGUUACUACCACAGAGCCCAUUCUGAGGUACGUUACUACCACAGAGCCCAUUCUGAGGUACGUUACUACCACAGAGCCCAUUCUGAGGUACGUUACUACCACAGAGCCCAUUCUGAGGUACGUUACUACCACAGAGCCCAUUCUGAGGUACGUUACUACCACAGAGCCCAUUCUGAGGUACGUUACUACCACAGAGCCCAUUCUGAGGUACGUUACUACCACAGAGCCCAUUCUGAGGUACGUUACUACCACAGAGCCCCUUCUGAGGUACGUUACUACCACAGAGCCCCUUCUGAGGUACGUUACUACCACAGAGCCCAGUCUGAGGUACGUUACUACCACAGAGCCCCUUCUGAGGUACGUUACUACCACAGAGCCCAUUCUGAGGUACGUUACUACCACAGAGCCCCUUCUGAGGUACGUUACUACCACAGAGCCCAUUCUGAGGUACGUUACUACCACAGAGCCCAGUCUGAGGUACGUUACUACCACAGAGCCCCUUCUGAGGUACGUUACUAACACAGAGCCCAUUCUGAGGUACGUUACUACCACAGAGCCCAUUCUGAGGUACGUUACUACCACAGAGCCCAUUCUGAGGUACGUUACUACCACAGAGCCCAUUCUGAGGUACGUUACUACCACAGAGCCCAUUCUGAGGUACGUUACUACCACAGAGCCCAUUCUGAGGUACGUUACUACCACAGAGCCCAUUCUGAGGUACGUUACUACCACAGAGCCCAUUCUGAGGUACGUUACUACCACAGAGCCCAUUCUGAGGUACGUUACUACCACAGAGCCCAUUCUGAGGUACGUUACUACCACAGAGCCCAUUCUGAGGUACGUUACUACCACAGAGCCCCUUCUGAGGUACGUUACUACCACAGAGCCCCUUCUGAUGUACGUUACUACCACAGAGCCCAGUCUGAGGUACGUUACUACCACAGAGCCCCUUCUGAGGUACGUUACUACCACAGAGCCCAUUCUGAGGUACGUUACUACCACAGAGCCCCUUCUGAGGUACGUUACUACCACAGAGCCCAUUCUGAGGUACGUUACUACCACAGAGCCCAGUCUGAGGUACGUUACUACCACAGAGCCCCUUCUGAGGUACGUUACUAACACAGAGCCCAUUCUGAGGUACGUUACUACCACAGAGCCCAUUCUGAGGUACGUUACUACCACAGAGCCCAUUCUGAGGUACGUUACUACCACAGAGCCCAUUCUGAGGUACGUUACUACCACAGAGCCCCUUCUGAGGUACGUUACUACCACAGAGCCCCUUCUGAGGUACGUUACUACCACAGAGCCCCUUCUGAGGUACGUUACUAACACAGAGCCCAUUCUGAGGUACGUUACUACCACAGAGCCCAUUCUGAGGUACGUUACUACCACAGAGCCCCUUCUGAGGUACGUUACUACCACAGAGCCCAUUCUGAGGUACGUUACUACCACAGAGCCCAUUCUGAGGUACGUUACUACCACAGAGCCCAUUCUGAGGUACGUUACUACCACAGAGCCCAUUCUGAGGUACGCUACUACCACAGAGCCCAUUCUGAGGUACGUUACUACCACAGAGCCCAUUCUGAGGUACGUUACUACCACAGAGCCCAUUCUGAGGUACGUUACUACCACAGAGCCCAUUCUGAGGUACGUUACUACCACAGAGCCCAUUCUGAGGUACGUUACUACCACAGAGCCCAUUCUGAGGUACGUUACUACCACAGAGCCCCUUCUGAGGUACGUUACUACCACAGAGCCCAUUCUGAGGUACGUUACUACCACAGAGCCCCUUCUGAGGUACGUUACUAACACAGAGCCCAUUCUGAGGUACGUUACUACCACAGAGCCCAUUCUGAGGUACGUUACUACCACAGAGCCCCUUCUGAGGUACGUUACUACCACAGAGCCCAGUCUGAGGUACGUUACUACCACAGAGCCCAUUCUGAGGUACAUUACUACCACAGAGCCCCUUCUGAGGUACGUUACUACCACAGAGCCCCUUCUGAGGUACGUUACUACCACAGAGGCCAUUUUAAUUGAUGACGGCCUCUCUUUUAAAUUUCAUGGGAUUUUAUUUUAGGAAUAAGGCCUGUUUUUCUUUUGAAGCCAGAAGGAGGCUAGUAUCAGCUACAUUUAUCCUUUACUAGACUAUGGGGAUAUUGUAUAUAUGAAUGCUUCCGCUCAGUGUUUGAGAUCAAUUGACACUCUUUACCAUGGCACUUUGAGAUUUAUUUUAAACUGCAAAACCCUUACGCACCACUGCACUUUGUAUACCAGGGUUGGCUGAUCUUCUCUAGUAACUCGUAGACUCAGUCACUGGUAUACUUUUAUUUACAAAGAUAUUUUGGGUUUACUACCUUUUUAUUUGGGCAUUUUUAUUGUUCAGAAAUGUGGUGGGUACUCUCUUCGUUCACUGGACUUUAUCCUGCUAACUGUUCCAAAUGUCCGAACUGAAUUUGGUAAAAGGGCUUUUAUGUCUUCUGCCCCAUCGUCUUGGAACACCUUACAAAAUACUUUUAAACUGGAAGAACUUGUCCCGAUCGGUGUUUUUAAAUCGCUGAUGAAGGAUUUUGAGGCUGAUUCCCUGAACUGUCAAUGUUUUUAAUUGUGUUAUUCUCUUGUGAAUUCUAUGGUUUUUACUAGAUUACUUGUAGUUCUUCAUGUUGUCUGUCUGUAAUUUUUGUAAUGACUUGGUGCUGCCUAUCUUGGCCAGGACGCUCUAGAAAAAUAGAUUUUAAAUCUCAAUGAGCCCUUCCUGGUUAAAUAAAGGUUAAAUAAAUAAAUCAAAUUCUGAGGUAUGUUAGUACCACAGAGCCCAAACACACAGUCCAGUUCAUAGUGAAUGAUGACAGGCCCUACUGCCUGUAAACACACAGUCCAGUUCAUAGUGAAUGAUGACAGGCCCUACUGCCUGUAA